CAUGCAGUGGCGUGGCUUGUGGCAGCAUGGCAGUGACUCACACAGAUACAAGUGAUUCAGCGUCAGAGCUCACAGGGAGACGAGACUCUCUGAUCACAGCACUGAGACGCCACAGAUUCCAGGUCCUCCUGGGGGAUUGCCAGACUGUAACACUACUGUCACUGACCUGAUCUGAUGCAAUUGAGAUAUGGUGACGGGUGAUUGGGUUGAGGGCUGGAGCAUUAAGGAGGUGGCUCUGUGGCUCAGGGAACAUGGCUUCAAUGACUACGUGGAGCUGCUCUGCACUAAGCACCGCGUGGAUGGAGCCGCAUUGUUGUGUCUAACAGAACAUGACCUGCGAUCUCCACCACUGCAGCUCCCACGGCUUGGAGACAUCAAGAGGCUCGCACUCGCCCUCCGAGGGCUACAGAAACAACACGCACAUCCACACACACCACUUAGUGACUCUGGCACAAAUAGCGUGUUUCUCUCACAUACCUCAGGAUCAAAAAGCCAUUUAUGGAACCGCAGUGUGGACCCAAGCUACCCACAGUACAAUGGAGUCGGCAUGGCGAUGUGGGAGGAGCAUUGUCACAGUUACUCAAAUGGGAAAUGUAAGAAGGACUAUGGCUACCUGGAUCCAGAGGGAUGGAAGACAGUCCUGAGCUCUGUGUAUGUGAUGCUGGUAUUUGGUAUCACCUCCUUUGUCAUGGUGCUGGUGCAUGAGAGGGUGCCUGACAUGCGAACCUAUCCACCCCUGCCUGAUAUAUUUCUUGACAGUGUCCCUAGAAUUCCCUGGGCUUUUUCCAUGGCUGAGGCCUGUGCUCUCGUCCUGUGUUACAUAUUACUGCUAAUACUGCUGCUGCACAAAUACAGAUCUAUUAUCUUUCGCAGAUUCUGUAGUUUAACAGGGACCGUGUUUCUGCUUCGCUGUGUCACCAUGUUUGUCACCUCCCUGUCUGUACCAGGACAUCAUCUGCAGUGCUCAGGAAAGAUGUACGGUGAUAUCUCGGUGAAACUCCUGCGCGCAUUAGAGAUUUGGAGCGGCUUUGGUAUGUCCCUGACAGGGGUACACACAUGUGGAGAUUACAUGUUCAGCGGACACACAGUGGUUCUCACCAUGCUCAACUUCUUCGUCACAGAGUACACUCCACGUAACUGGCACAUUUUGCACACGCUGGCAUGGGUGCUGAACCUGUUUGGGAUCUUCUUCAUCCUGGCUGCUCAUGAGCACUACUCCAUCGACGUUUUCAUCGCCUUCUACAUCACCACUCGGUUGUUCCUGUAUUACCACACGCUGGCCAACACGCGGGCAUAUCAGCACAGCCGUCGAGCUCGCAUCUGGUUUCCCAUGUUCUCUUUCUUUGAGUGCAACAUCAACGGUCCCAUCCCCAACGAGUACUACUGGCCCUUCUCCAGGCCUGCCUUCAUGAAAACACUCAUUGGCUAGAAAGACUGUGUGUGUGUGUGUGUGUGUGUGUGUGUGUGUGUGUGUUUGUGUGUUGCAGCUAGGCUGUCUUGAUUUAUUGUCAGUGGGAUUUAGACUGUUAAGGAGAAUAAUAUAUUCAUUCAUCAGUUCUUCUUUGGAAUGACUGCCAGUGUUUGAUAUGUUGCUGUCAGCUGAAGAGGAUCUUUUGUGUUUUGGGCAGUAAAACACUAAUCUUGUACUAGUCAGUACCAACUGGGUGCAUGACUGCUCCUGUGAAGGAGAACCAAAGUCCAGGGUGCUUUAUCUCAUUUGGUAAUAAAUAUUAUUCAUUGCUGCACAAUAUUUUUUUAAAAACUUUUUGUAAUGUAAAAUGAUCCUGGUAUGAAAACUAUAUUCUGUAACUACAGUCAGAUGUUUACAUUGAUGGUGUGAGAAGUUUAAACUCCAGCAUGCUUUCAGCUUUUGUAUUCAAAAUGCUGGCUGUGAAUUUGAGGUGGGUUGCAUUUCUCCAUCUUCUCAGUUGUUUUUUUUUUUGUUUGUUUGUUUUUUUUUUUGUUUUAAAAAACACGUCCAAAGCACAGAAGGUACCCCCGACCCCCACCCCCAAAAGAAAAAAUGAUCAAGUACAGUGCAUAUUCGGAUGUGGUUACUUGAUAAGAAAGCUCAGAGUUUUAAAGACAUAAAAAUCAACUCCUAGCUCUGUUUGUUUCACUGUACCCUGUUCAAACUGGAUGAUGUUUGACUCUUGACUGCUAGUAAGGUUGUUUCUAAUCACCGAUAAGGUUGUUUUUUCUAAAUCACAGAUUAUCUUAAAUAAAUCCCCUAUAACAUCGAAA